AUGCCUUUUGUUAAUUAUCUUUGUUUGGUUUGUCCUCAUCCCAGUCUUGAACGUCAAAAUUUUCCAGAUAUUUUACUUGAACAAAUUAAAACAUUAAUAUUACCUCAAUAUACAGAAUUUUUGGAUGAUGAUUAUUUUGUUUGGUCUCGAUAUUUUCCAUGUGUAGAACGAUUAAUUGUUACAAAAAAACCAAUUAAAAUGACAUGUAAAUGACGUAUCUUUUUAUUAUUACAAAAACAAGAAGAAAAACUGGCAAUGGCAAAUAAUCUAAACAACAAUACAUCUUCUGACAAUGUGAAUCGAUUGAAAGAAUUAAUCAAAGCUAAAAUUAUAUCAAAGGAAUAUACAAUUGAUGGUAUUCAAAUGGAUUUGAGUUUUACUAAGCUAAAAGAUGAUGAUUGGCCUGUUGUAUUCGAACAAAUACAAAAUAAAGAUUAUCCUUUACGAGGUUUAUCAUUAUCAUGGGAUGAAACUAGUAAUAAAAUGAUCGAGCCUGGUUUUAUACAAUUUAUUAAAAUAAUUGAAAAUCAUACAACAUUGAUUCGUUUCAAAUUCUUUUUAUAUUCCAUUUCUGAUAAUACGAAAACGAAUUUUUUAUUAGACGCAUUAAAAAAAAAUCGUUCGAUCAAAAAUGUAUCAGUAGAUGCAAUCGGCGUUAAUCAACAAACAACAAAAGCAUUUUCAGAAGUAUUGAAAGAUAAUCAAUCGAUACUUUCACUCAAUUUUUUUAGUAUUAAUUAUGUCGAUCCUCGGGAACCUCCAUAUCCUAUGUUCUAUGAAUGUGCUACUGAUUUAUCUCAUUCAAUACCAACAAGCGUUCUUCAGCGACUUAAAAUUGGUGGUAUCGAUGAUAGAAGUUUCAAUAUAUUAAUACCAUCAUUAGUAAAAACGUUACAAGUUCUUGAUUUAUCGGGAAAUGAGUAUUUUUCACCAGAUAUUUCUACCUUUCAAUCAAAUAAUAAUACCCUGAAAUUAUUAAUUCUCCAUCCUUCCGGAUUUGAGAAAUUCAAACAAUCGAAAUUGUCUUCAAAAAUUCAUGUUGUUAAUCGUGAUAGUUUUCUAGGCAAAUUAUUUUCUCACAAAGGUCCUAUUUCUAUAACACCACAUACAAUGAAUAAAACUGAUUGGUCUAUAUUAUUGACGGAAUUAACAAAUGAUAUUAAUAGUUUACGUGAAGUAGAUUUAGAUUUGUCUAAUGGAUGUGAUGAAAAUUAUUUGGAAGAUUUAUUAGGUGCCCAAUCGCAAUUGAAGAAUUUGAAAAUAAAUGGUACAUCAUUAAAUCAAUCAAUUCAAGAAAAAUUAUUUCAAAUAUUGAGCAGAAAUACAUCGAUUAUUAAAUUUGAAAUGAAUACAAAAAUUGAAUUAAAUAUUCUCAAAUAUUUGAUCGAUUUUUUGGCAAAAAAUAAUAACAUUGCUCAUUUGAAAUUUUACGAAUGUACAAAUCUGGGUAAUCAAGAAGCUAUUGUGCUAGCUGAUGGUUUAAAAAUGGCUACGAAGUUGAAAAGUUUUCAAGUGAAUAACAGUGACAUAGGUAAUAGUGGAUUUCAAGCUAUUCUCUCGUCUUUAUCAGAUUCAUUAAUUGUAUUACACUUUACACAUAGUUGUCUAAAUGCAAAAAUUUUACCGUGGGUUGAGAGUUUUAUUAAAACUCAUCCAAAGAUUAAAGAUAUUUCUCUCGAAAAUAAUCCUAUAACUCUUAACAGUGCACCUGAAUUAAAUGUAUCUGGUUUAAUUGAUCAAAUAUUAAAAAUUACAAAUGCAAAUCAGUGUAAUUGUUAUUUGGAAAUCUACACAAAGAUUCAAGAUAUAAUUGCUGAAACAGAAAUUGGUUGCAUUUCGUUACCUAGAGAACAUAGACGAGAUUAUGAUUUACUCGAAUUAUACAAUGAAAUGAAGAAAAAUCCAACGAAAUAUUGGUCAAUAAAUAUGAGAUCUAAUUCUAAUAUGUCACUUAAUGCAUAUAAUAUUUUUCUUGAUAUUCUUAAUUGUGAUAUUCGUGUUGCUGAACUUUAUCUUGGAGAGGAUGAUAUGAACGAAGAAAUGCAAAAAUAUUUCUUCAAAGAUUUUCGUGAUAAUAAUACAGUGGAACAUUUGGACAUAUCACAAAAUAAACUUUGCAGUCAAGCUAUGAAAUAUAUUGGAUCUUUUCUAAUACAUAGCUCCAAAAUUUGCGUAUUUACAUUACGUAAAUGUAAAAUUGAUAGUGAAGGUAUUCGUUAUUUAUGCAAAGGCUUGUCUGAAAGCCGUUUAUAUAGUUUAUCUUUAAUCAAUAAUCCACUUAGUAGUGAUUCCUGCGCAAGGAUUUUUUCAUCUAUUCCUCCCUCAUUGAAGUCAUUAUCACUUUGGGGUGAUGACAUACCUGAAUCAUCUUUACAAACAAUUAUUGAUUUUUUGAAUACAAAUAAAACAUUAGAAACACUUAAUCUGAAGUUCAAUCCAGUUUAUGAUAAGCAUGUCGAUCAAUUAGAACAAAUAGCAAAACAAAAUGGUAUUUGCAAAUAUGCCACACAUCCUGAAUAA